CACACCCGGGCGGACUGCGAGCGCAUCCAACGGCAGAUGACGACCCAACCACCAAGUCGUCGCCAAGUCUCCUCCUCCGCUCCCGCCACUCUCAUCCUCCUCCACCUCCUCGCCGGCGCCGCCGGCGCCGCACCACCGCUCGUCGGCGUUUCUCCUCAAGACGAGGCGUACUUCGCGCCGGCGGUCAUCGCCUGCAGGGACGGCUCGGGAUCCUUCCCGAAGCGCCGCCUCAACGACGGGUACUGCGACUGCUCCGAUGGAACCGACGAGCCAGGUACUUCGGCUUGUCCAGAUGGCAGGUUUUACUGUAGAAAUGCUGGAGACACCCCUCGUUUGUUGUUCUCGUCUGUUGUGAAUGAUAAAAUAUGUGAUUGUUGUGAUGGAAGUGAUGAGUAUGAAAGUGGCAUCCGUUGUCCGAACACUUGUAGGAACAUAAAUGAUGUUAGAAAGGAUGAUGAUGUUGGUAUAAACAGAAAGGGUGUUAUGAAGGAUGACGGCGUUGGUAUGAACAUAAAGGAUGUUGCAGAGGAUGAUCAUCAUGAUAGGAAACGUACUCUAGAUAUAGAAGAUCUCAUCCAAAAGCUAAAAGGAUUAAAAAUGGCUGUAGUCAUUGAGAUAGGUCUUGUUAUAUGUACAUUUGCAGUCUGCUUCGCUCGGCGCCGUACCAGAACACGGAGGAGACAUUAUAUUUUGAAACGAUAGGUGAGCUGUCACUCAGAAAGUCCAAAGAUUGAUAUGGAGUACAAUGAUACUCAUUUGCAAUCCUCGAAGUCUCCAACUCUCCAAGGAUGACGGGAAACUGGAGAUAGAAGAAGGGAUUUACACGCUUGCUCAUCGAGACGUCUGGAACAUCAAGUCGAGGAAAAAAGGCAUCACGUUGUAUGAGUACGAUUAUGUGUUAUUUUUGCCCGUAUUUUAGGUCUCCUCAGCAGAGUUGCUGGUUGACCAAGGCCAGGAGAUGAUGAAAUCCAUGUAGAGAUGUAGGAUAAACUACGUGAAUAUGGCAUCAGCUGGCGACGCAUUAUUGCGAGGCCUUCCUAAACUUCUCUGUAACUGUGAUUCUGUGAAGUGCACUGCAAUGAUUUUAAGUUUUAAACAGCUAAUAACAUAGAUAUAAAAAUUUUAUUCAUAAAUUAAUUUU